CGCUGUCAGGGUAAAGGGACAGCACCCGAGCCGCGACACUGUUGCCAGCGGUUGUCGACCCCUCGCUACGUGUGUGCGCGUGCGUGUGAGUAUAUAUGUGUGUGUGAGGGGAAGGGGGAGGGUGAGCUGUAUGUGUGGCUUGGCCCUCACCAAUAAAAAAAAAAAGUAUUGGGUACUCCUCAGACGGCGGCUGUUUGUGGAAAGAGGGAAGAGGGAAGUCUCAGCUCUGCAGGACGAGAAGCGUUGACAUCACUUUGUUUGAAUGUGCUGCUCAGCAGUUGGAACUCUACGUGUCUGGCCAUUUCUGGCAGUUUGUCUCUCCAGCAAAGUUCGAAAUGGCACAGCUACAACAACCACGACCUAUGCUGCUGUAUUAUUCGCUCCACGGAUAGGUGCGGACUUGUGGUAGAAAACUUCAGUCAUCUGUUCUUCUGUUGUAACCGCCUUUAUUAUCUUUCACAUUUUUUAAGGUGUUUGAGGGCUUUGGUCCUACCAUAUCUUGCAAAGACGGGCCAGCCUCCUGGUGGCUUUACAAGGGGAAAAAGGUUGGACAAGAAAAAGAAUUUUUUUUUUUACUGAAAGUGGAAAAUAAGUAUUUGUUUUCUUCUUUAGAAAAAAAUUCCAACCAGGACUGCUUAGUACAGAUAUGUCUCUCCGGCACCACCUUGUAUGUGAUGACAUCCGCUGACACGCCGCACAGUGGCAGAUGCACUUGCUUAGCUCCCAGCUACAGCCGCGAAAAAAGGUUUCAAAAUUCUUCAGUCAAUCGCUGUUGCAAACUCCGGCUGCGGCGCAGCAGCAGUAGUAGCAGCAGCAGCCACAGAAAACCAUCUUCUAACCCUACAGCAACUUCCUGUCCUAACCAAGCAGCAUCCGUGGCAAGUUUGACUCUCUCCUCAAGGUUCGCAUCGUCGUCCUCCACCAUGGACAAGCAGCAACAACAGCAGCAACACAGACACGACAAGAAAGAAUGCAUGGAGCUGGUCAUGGACGGCCGGCUGCCCACCCUGGGUUGCAGCGUACCCGGGGAGGCCACGGCCCCCGUGGAGGUGAACGGGAGGACCAUCGAGGCCAAGCUGGACGACAUCCCGGAGCGCGAGAACUGGAGCGGAACCGUGGAGUUUGUGUUGGCGUGUGUGGGACAAUGCAUCGGCCUCGGCAACGUGGUCCGCUUCCCUUACCUCUGCUACAAAAACGGUGGAGGAGCGUUCCUGGUGCCCUACGUGAUGACAGCGGUCUUCGCUGGGAUCCCCAUGUACUUCAUGGAGCUGGCUCUGGGACAGUGGCUCAGUGUCGGCGGCCUCGGCGUCUGGGUCAUCUGCCCUAUAUGGAAGGGUGUGGGCUACGCGGCGACUAUCAUGGCUGCCUGGCUGAACACCUACUACAUCAUCGUGCUGGCCUGGGCAGUGUUCUACCUCUGCAGCUCCUUCGUGUCUGUCCUGCCCUGGGCGUCCUGUGGAAACUUCUGGAAUACCGAGGCGUGUCUGUCUGAGUACGACAGACACAAGUUGCCAGUCAAGUGCUACAAUGGUUCAUCCUAUCUUGAAUUUAACGUCACCAAGGAAUUCAACGCUUCUUACAUCUUCGAAAAAUACAAAGAUUACACGUGCAGCCAAGAGUACGACCCCAACCGGUUUUCCUCACCAGUCAAGGAAUUCUGGGAACGCAAUGCUCUCCAGAUCUCAGAAGGCAUCGACACACCUGGCACCGUCCGCUGGCAGUUGGCGCUGUGUCUGCUGUUCAUCUGGGUGGUGGCUUAUUUCUGCAUCUGGAAAGGUGUCAAAUGGACUGGCAAGGUUGUUUACUUCACGGCCUUGUUUCCCUAUGUGCUGCUGACCAUUCUGCUCAUUCGAGGGGUGACCUUACCCGGAGCUCUGGAGGGCAUCAAAUUCUACAUCGUCCCUGACAUGACGAGGCUAAAAGAUUCGUCGGUGUGGAUAGACGCAGCCUCCCAGGUCCUCUUCUCCUACGGUGUGGGACUGGGAACACUGAUAGCACUCGGCAGUUACAAUAAGUAUCACCACAACAUCUACAGGGACGCAGUCAUGAUCUCCUGUCUCAACAGCUCGACAAGUUUUUUUGCCGGCUUUGUCAUUUUUUCAUUCAUCGGCUUCAUGUCUCACGAACAGAAACGACCAGUGAGCUCGGUGGCAGAUAGUGGCCCGGGGCUGGCCUUCUUGGCCUAUCCCAACGGAGUCACCCAGCUCCCUAUUUCACCCCUGUGGUCCGUGUUGUUCUUCUUCAUGAUCCUCAUGCUGGGACUGGACAGUCAGUUCUGCACGUGCGAGGGUUUCUUCACGUCGUUGAUUGACGAGUUUCCUCGACUUCUUCGUCGUCGUCGUGAGAUUUUCAUCGCUGUCGUCUGCUUCAUCUCUUAUCUGGUUGGCCUGUCGUGCAUCACGGAGGGUGGGAUGUACGUGUACACAAUUUUUGACACCUACUCCGCCAGUGGCAUCGGGCUUCUUACCCUCAUCUUCUUCGAGUGCAUCGCGAUUGGCUGGUCAUAUGGUGUGAACCGGUUCUAUGAGAACCUGAAGGAUAUGUUUGGGUUUUAUCCCUGCUUCUUGUGGAAAAUCUGCUGGACUGUGACUACCCCGCUCAUUACCAUGGGUGUGGUCCUGUUCAACAUCGUCACCUAUGUACCCGUGAAGUACGUCAACUACAGCUUCCCCACCUGGGCUCAUGUCAUCGGAAUCAUGAUGGCCAUGUCCUCCGUUGGGAUGAUCCCCAUCUACAUGGUCUACAAGUUCUUCACAACUGGAGGUCCGAUUAGAAAGCGUUUUAAAAUACUGUUUCGGCCCGACAUCAACAUCGUUCGGGGGGACGCGCCGCCCCCUUACAGCUCCAUACCUCGUACAACCUCCAGCGGUGUCGUGCCUCUUUGAUGCCUCACCAACGGUCAUCGAGAUGCCUCUUCAUGGGCGCUGUACUACUAAUCAGGGGGAGUUGCAAACGACUGAAGUGGUACAACGGGAAAAAAAAUAGAAGGAGUGCAUGGUUUCUCGACUCGAAAUCGCUUUUUACCGAAUGACACUAUAGAAGUUUGUGUGUCUAGUACCAACGCGCAGUUUGAACUCAUUGUUUCAACUGUUUACUACAAUGACUAAGUUUGGUUGCAACGACUUUGGCCUGAACAAAGGAGAAGAUUUUUUUUAACUGUUCAAUCUCUUGGUAUCUUAAAUCGGUGGAGAAUCGGGAGAUUAAAAGGACUACAGAAUGUUACUUUUAUCUCAAUUUUUUUACUGAUGUUGUUUGUGUAGUGCUUGUUCUGAUCCUCAGAAUGGUAGAAAAAAUAUAUCUUGUUAUCUAGAAAUAGAUUUUUUAAAUAUUUAUUGUGAUAAUAAUUCUUUGUCAAAAGUUGAAGACGUUUUAAUUGUUUCUGUAACAAUAUUUAAAAUGUAAUACAAUACAUAUUAAAAUUUACUUAAAAAACAGGUAAAAUAUUUUUUCCACGGGUGCAUCCAACUUGCAAAUAGUGACAUCAUCAAGUAUAUCUUCAAUGUUUGUCCACACAUAAAAUCAGUUUUGGGGAAAUGGAAUACUUUUACCCAGCGAAUGGGAACGACACGAGUAUCAUAUACUCUGUAAAAGAAGAUUCAUCCUGAAUUUUGUAGAUUUGUGGAAUUCUUAUUUUCAGUAUACUACUGGAACUGUUACAGGUAAACUAAAUAAAACCUCUGUUCUUAUGAGCAGAAGGACAUCCGGGUCCUUUUCACUUUAAAAAGUUGAACAUUGUUAUUUUACUCUUGAUUUUCCAGGAUGUACUCUCUGAAGUAGGAGUCCUUUGUAUCUGCAGAUUUUCGAAUGCAUAUGUGUAAGAGUUCUGCUUUUUAAUAUAGACUUUGACUGCGCUGACUGUGCCAUUCAUUACAUGAUAACAUUAAUUAAUGUUAGUCAGUUUAGAAGCCGUUAUUCUUUGUAUGCUUUCUUGUCAUUUGUGUACAUGUUGAGUGUAGGCAGCCACAGUCCUAUGAGAACGCUUGAAACACUUCUUGUGGUGGGCCCUGCUGUUGUUUUUGUUUUGUUGGUAGCCGCAAACAAUUAUAAUCAAGGCUGGACUUCCGAGAUAAAGCUGACAGUAAGUACAUGUGAGGCUGGAUUUCCUGUUUUGCUGUCUGCACCCUGAUCCACAAAGUGUAAAGAUUUUUGUAAGGACAUCCUCUAGAGGAGUAAACAAUGGCUGACAGGUUAUUAUUAUCCCGUAGAUAUCUAUAGACUUAGAGUGGCACAAAGUAGAACAUUUGUGAGAUAAUUGUGCUCUUUGUGAAAAAUUAAAAAAUCCUCCAAGAA